GUUGUUUUAGUUUCGAGCCCUCUCUGCUUCCCCGCUCGCUCCUCUUCUCCUCGUUCUCCGUCGGUUGUCAGCGACGACGAAGAGAUCGUCGCCCUCUCUGUCUCUCCUUUCUGGGUUGCACGGCGCUGGAUUCUCUUCUCGUGCGGCCUCUCUUCGCAUCGAGGCUUGAUCCCCUCGAAUUCCUGCUCUGUCAUCGGUUCUAUCGUAAUUGGAGGCGCCAGAGGAGGAAGAUCGAGGAUCGCGUUGGUUGCGGGUUCGAUUGUUGACUUAUCGACACAUUAGGGUAGAGAGGAAGGGGGAUUUUUGUAAGCGUGCUACUUUCUUCGCUUUGUGAAAGGGCCGGGGAAGGAGGCUUUUAUGGGUUCGCAACUGAAACGACCUAACGUUUCCCGAGCGGAUCCGUCUGGGCAAACCCAUAUGGCGCCAGCAGCUAAUAGCACUGCUCCCAAGCUUACGACCAAUGAUGCCCUAGCCUAUCUGAAGGCCGUGAAGGAUAUAUUUCACGACAAAAGAGAAAAAUACGAUGAGUUUCUUGAGGUCAUGAAGGACUUCAAGAGCCAGAGGAUCGAUACAAAUGGAGUUAUUAUGAGGGUGAAGGAGUUAUUUAAGGGGCAUCGGGAUCUAAUCUUGGGGUUUAACACCUUCUUGCCAAAGGGAUAUGAGAUUAAGCUACCAGAAGAAAAGAAACCAAUUGAGUUUGAGGAGGCAAUUGAUUUUGUUAAUAAAAUCAAGAAUCGUUUCGAGAAUGAUGAACAUGUUUAUAAGUCAUUCUUAGAUAUCCUGAAUAUGUACCGUAGGGAUAACAAGUCAAUCCAUGAGGUUCAUGAAGAGGUAGCUGCCCUUUUUCAAAAUCAUCAAGAUUUGCUUGAGGAAUUCACACAUUUUUUGCCUGAUGCGUCAGCAACAUAUGCAUUGCAUCAUGGAUAUAGUGGUCGAACUUUUUCACGUCGGGAUGACAGGAGCUAUAUGAUGCCUACAUUAAGGCAUGUUCAUGUGGAUAAGAGGGACAGGACUCAUGCAGCACAUGUUGACCGUGACUUUAGUGUGGAUCGUUCUGAUACAGAGCAUGAUAGAAAGAGAAGACGUCGAGAUAGGGAAAAGGACAGGAAGGAAGAUAGUGACAGGAAAAAUCAUGAACGAGACGAGGAUUUGGAGCUGGAUAGUGGUGAUUUAGAUAACACACAGCAUAAGCAUAAACUUUCUUCUCAAAAAGCUGAUGACUCUACUGCUGAACUGAUGCAACAAGGAGCUGAUGGCCCUAUCCUGUAUAGCAUUUCGUCUUCAACAUUUGAUGAUAAAAAUGCUUUGAAGAGUGUAUAUAAUCAAGAAUUUAAUUUCUGUGAAAAAGUGAAGGAAAAGUUGCAUCCUGACACCUACCAGGAAUUUUUGAAAUGCCUUCACAUAUACAGCCAAGAAAUAGUAACUAGAACGGAACUAAAGAAUCUGGUAACUGACAUCCUAGGAAAGUAUCAGGAUCUCAUGGAAGGUUUUAAUGAAUUUUUAGCACAUUGUGAGAAUAUAGAUGGAUUUCUAGAAGGUGUGUUCAACAAAAGUAUGUCUAAAGGGCAUAUGGGUAGACCAGCUAAAAUGGAGAAUAGAGACAAAGAAAGGGAUCGUGAAUUUGUUGAACGAGAGAAAGAUCAUGAAAACGAGAGACACGCUGAAAGAGAAAGAGUUGAUAAAGGCAUCUCACACAAGGCUACUCUAUGCUCAAACAAAGAAAAAUAUAAUUUAUGGAAACCAAUUUCAGAGCUAGACUUCUCAAAUUGUCAACGAUGUACUCCAAGUUACCGCCUUCUUCCCAAAAAUUAUCUUAUACCCCCUACUAGCCACAGAACUGAACUUGGAGAAUCUGUACUAAAUGAUCAUUGGGUGUCGGUGACUUCUGGAAGUGAGGAUUAUUCUUUCAAACACAUGCGAAAAAAUCAAUAUGAAGAAAGCUUAUUUAGAUGUGAAGAUGAUAGAUUUGAGAUGGAUAUGCUAUUGGAAUCAGUGAAUGCAACAACUGAACGUGUUGAGGAAUUGCUGGAAAUAAUGCAUGAUCCUGCCAAAUCAGAUAAUCCUAUGCACAGUGAAGAAAAUCUUACAUCUCUAAAUUUGAGAUGUAUCGAACGGUUAUAUGGAGACCAUGGUCUUGAUGUCAUGGAUGUGCUUCAGAGAAAUGCUAGUCUUGCAUUGCCAGUCAUAUUAACUCGUCUGAAGCAAAAGCAAGAAGAAUGGUCUAGGUGCCGUUCAGAUUUCAAUAAAGUUUGGUCAGAAAUAUAUGCCAAGAAUUAUCACAAGUCACUUGAUCAUCGCAGUUUCUAUUUCAAGCAACAGGAUUCAAAGAACUUGAGCACAAAAACUUUGCUGGCUGAGAUUAAAGAAAUAAAUGAUAAGAUGAAGGAGGAGGAUGUUCUUCUUGCUGUUUCUGUUAAAAAUAAGCACCCGAUUAUUCCCAAUAUGGAAUUUAAGUAUAUAGAUGUAGAUGUCCAUGAGGAUUUAUAUCGAAUCAUAAAAUAUUCAAGUGGAGAAGUGUGCACAUCUUCGGACCAGUUGGACAAAGUCAUGAGGUUAUGGAGUACUGUUUUGGAGUCCCUGUUGGGUGUUCCAAGUCGAAAUCAAGGUGUACGAGAUGGACAAGAUAUAGACUCAAAGAGUUUUGUCAAAACCGGCAUCAGAGAAUUGGCUGAAAGCAAUGGGAGUCCUGGAGUAAUUAAGCAAAAUAAAACUCAAAAUAAUAUUCUACACGAACAAGCAGGUUCAAGCAAGGUCGGCUUAGUAAAUGGAGAAGUGAUCGCUGCUGAAAAUCAUUCUUAUGAUGUAGAUUGUGCCAUUUGGCAUGGUGAAAAUCUUAUCAAUGAUCCACAUCAAGGAAUUGUGCAGGCUAGUGCUCCUAUUGUUGAUGAAAUUUCUCCAGCAACUGUGCAUGCAGAAGAGUUGCCGGAUGGUAACAAUGUUGCAAGCACUGUCGAGGAAGUCGACACUCAAACAAAUCCAGAAAAUAUAACAGGGAGUACUGGUGCAUCUUUGAGAACUGUCAAUGUUGGAACAGAGCUACAAGGUGAACCUCGUUCAACCAGUGAAACUUUACCUUCGUCAGAGGGUGGACACUCUUCAAGGCCAAUUGAAUCUGCAAAUUGUGGUGGCAGUUUUGGGUGUAAUAAAGAUUUCAAGCCUACUGAAAGUUCUAUUUUCGUUAAGAAUUCUAAGAUUGAAAGAGAAGAAGGUGAAUUGUCACCUACUGGAGAUUUUGAGGAUAAUUUUGUAGCUUAUGAAGAUGCUGCUGUAACUGCAGCUGCUAAGCAGAAAGAUAUUUCUACUAGCAGACAGUACCAAGUCACGCCUGGAUGUGGUGAUGCUGCAGGUGAGAAUAAUGCUGAUGAUGAGGAUGAAGAAAGUCCUGAACGAUCCACUGAGGCCAGUGAAAAUGCAUCAGAGGCUGGUGAGGAUGUGUCCGGCAGUGAAUCUGGUAAUGGUGAGGAUUGUUCCCAUGAAGAUCAUGAAGAGGAUGAUGCAGAGCCAAAGGCUGAAAGUGAAGAGGAAGCUGAAGGAAUGACUGAAGCACAUGAUGUUGAAGGGGAAAUUACAUCAUUACCAUAUUCAGAACGAUUUCUGAACACUGUGAAACCUCUUGCUAGGCAUGUACCUGCUGCAUUGCAUUAUAAGCACGAAAAAUCUUCCAAGAUAUUUUAUGGAAAUGAUUCAUUGUACGUGUUGUUUCGGCUUCAUCAGAUAUUGUAUGAAAGGAUACUCUCUGCUAAGACAAAUUCAUCUGCUGCUGAAAAUAAAUGGAGACAUUCUAAAGAUACAAACCAUCCUGAUUUAUAUGCCAAAUUUAUGAGCGCUCUAUUCAAUCUACUUGAUGGUUCUGCUGACAAUACCAAAUUUGAAGACGAUUGUCGUGCUAUUAUUGGGACGCAGUCCUAUGUACUAUUUACAUUGGAUAAGCUAAUCUAUAAAGUUGUUAAACAGCUUCAAGCAAUACUCUCAGAUGAGAUGAAUAAUAAGCUUCUCCAUCUCUACUUGUAUGAAAAAUCAAGGCGAGCUGGGAGGCAUUCAGAUGUUGUUUAUAAUGAAAAUGUCCGGGUUCUUCUGCAUGAUGAAAGUAUAUACAGAUUUGAAAGUUAUUCACAAUCUUCAGAUGUAACCCGACUAUCAAUCCAACUUAUGGACUAUGGACAUGAAAAACCUGAUGUUACUGCUGUUGCAAUAGACCCCAACUUUUCAUCUUACUUGUACAAUGACUUUCUCUCAAGCGUUCCAGUGAGGAAAAGAUUGCAAGGUGUCUUCAUGAGGAGGAAUAAGCGCAAAAAUGUGGAUGGCGACGAGUAUUCUGCUACUUCCAAAGCCAUGAACGGGAUUCGAGUUACCAAUGGCUUGGAGUGCAAGAUAGCAUGCAAUUCAUCAAAGGUGUCUUAUGUGCUAGAUACUGAGGAUUUAUUGCUUCGAAUGAGAAAGAGAACAAGAUAUUCAAGCAAAGAACCCACACAAGCAGACGACACUAAAGCACAUCGAUUCCACAAUUUUGUUUCCAGUUUCAUGUCCAGAUCUUAAUGCAAUGCCAGAUGAGGUGGUGAAUUAGAAAUGGAUCUUGAUUUUUCCAGCAACCAUGAUGAAUUUUCUUUGCUGGACUUCUGGCACAUAUGUCAGCAUUGUACAUAGAUAAUUCUAUGGCUGUUGGCAUUACAAAUUUGUACAUAUGUAAUCCUUAAUUUUCUAUCUUGUUCAUACUCCUAUUUUACAAGGGAAACUCUGCUGUAAAAAGAAAGUUAUUAGGUUGUUUUUUUUUAAAAAAUUUUAAAAGAAUUUUUUUGUUAAAGUUAACUAGGAUUUAGAACAAUCAA